AUGUCCGCCACCGCUGCCGCCCACGCCGCCACCGCUGCCGCCCACGCCUCCACCGCUGCCGCCCACGCUGCCGCCCACGCCGCCACCGCUGCCGCCCACGCCUCCACCGCUGCCGCCCACGCCUCCACCGCUGCCGCCCACGCUGCCGCCCACGCCUCCACCGCUGCCGCCCACGCCUCCACCGCUGCCGCCCACGCCGCCACCGCUGCCGCCCACGCCUCCACCGCUGCCGCCCACGCCUCCACCGCUGCCGCCCACGCUGCCGCCCACGCCGCCACCGCUGCCGCCCACGCUGCCGCCCACGCCGCCACCGCUGCCGCCCACGCUGCCGCCCACGCUGCCACCGCUGCCGCCACCGCUGCCGCCCACGCCGCCACCGCUGCCGCCCACGCCGCCGCCGCUGCCGCCCACGCCUCCACCGCUGCCGCCCACGCCGCCGCCGCUACCGCCCACGCCGCCACCUCGCGGCCUCAGAGCCUGCCCAAGCCUCGCCCCGCAUGGCCUCAGAGCGUGGCCACCUUCACCCCCACCACCAAAACAUUUAUUAGUUCACAGUUAUCAGACCAGUAUGCGCCCUAG